AUGUCUCCUAAUACGCUCGGUUGGUCUGUACAAGAAUGGGUAGAAUUCCAUGGGAAGUCUACACCAGAUACCUCAUAUAAAGUACUACAAGGACUUUUGAAGUCACAGAAAAGUACACCAGAAGAUCCUGCUUGGAUUUCAUUGGUUACGGAGGAGAAUUUGUCCCACCAAUGGAAAGUUUUACAAAGUAAGUCCGGCAAAGAACAGCUCCCAUUAUAUGGUGUUCCAAUCGCUGUUAAAGAUAACAUCGACGCCAAAGGUUUCGACACCACUGCUGCGUGCCCUGCAUUUAAAUACACUCCCUCCAGAGACUCUACUGUGGUGGAGUUGCUCAGAGACGCAGGUGCAAUUGUGCUUGGUAAAACUAAUCUGGAUCAAUUCGCGACAGGUCUGGUGGGCACGCGUUCUCCAUACGGGAAGACUCCAUGCGUUUUCAGUGAUAAACAUGUUUCUGGUGGCUCCUCUGCUGGUUCUGCCUCGGUUGUUGGUAGAGGUAUUGUUCCCUUAGCACUCGGUACCGACACUGCAGGUUCAGGUAGAGUUCCAGCAGCUUUGAACAACUUAAUCGGACUAAAGCCAACAAAAGGUGUUUUCUCCUGCUCAGGUGUGGUUCCAGCAUGCAAAUCUCUAGACUGUGUUUCGAUUUUCGCUCUCAAUUUGAGCGAUGCUGAACGCUGUUUCAAAGUAAUGGCGCAUGCUGAUGUCGAGCGCGACGAGUAUUCUCGACCAUUCCCAGAUACGCCACUACAGAAAUACUCCAAAAACCUCACAAUUGCGAUACCUAAAGAGCUGCCCUGGUAUGGUGAAACCGAGAACCCAAUUCUCUAUGCAAAGGCAGUUGAAAAUCUCAAAAAGACUGGUGCUAAUAUUAUCACAGUAGAUUUCGAACCUCUGUUGGAUCUAGCACGCUGUCUAUACGAAGGUGCUUGGGUCGCCGAACGUUAUGAAGCAACUCGUGACUUCUUUGCCACCAACCCUCCCUCGUCUUCAUUGGACCCUACUGUGACAAGCAUUAUCACUGGUGCAACAAAGUUUGACGCAGCAGACGCUUUUAAGUUUGAGUACAAGAGACAAGGUAUAUUACAGAAAGUUCAAAAGAUGAUGAAAUCUAUCGACGUCUUGUGUGUUCCAACAUGUCCACUAAAUCCUACUCAAGAAGAGGUUGCAGCUGAACCUGUUCUCGUUAACUCCAGACAAGGGACGUGGACAAAUUUCGUUAAUUUGGCUGACAUGGCUGCCCUUGCGGUUCCGGCUGGUUUUAGAUCCGACGGGCUUCCCAAUGGUGUCACACUAAUUGGUAAGAAGUUUACCGAUUUUGCCUUGCUAGAUUUGGCAAAUAGGUACUUCAAGGUCGCCUUCCCAGAAAACAGUAGAACAUUUGGUAAAUUCACGGAUCAACACGUUACCAUCGAGGAUGAUGUCGAUGCACCACCCUUUGUUCAGGAACAAUGUAUCAAGCUAGCUGUUGUGGGUGCCCACUUGAAGGGCUUACCAUUGCAUUGGCAGCUUGAACAGGUCAAUGCCCAAUAUGUCGGGUCACCUAAAACUUCCAAGAAUUACAGACUUUAUGCCCUACCCAAAACUGGUCCAGUCCUCAAGCCAGGCUUAAGAAGAGUUUCUGAGGGCACUGGUGCCCAGAUCCAGUUGGAAGUGUACAAUGUCCCCAAAGAAAGAUUUGGUGAGUUCAUUGCCAUGGUCCCAGAACCUUUGGGAAUAGGGUCUGUUGAACUUGAAUCAGGUGAAUGGGUAAAGUCUUUUAUCUGCGAAGAAUUCGGUUAUGCUCAAAAGGGUACGAAAGACAUCACAGAAUAUGUUAGCUUCAAAACGUACAUCGAACAUCUAAAAGAGGAAGAAAGUAAGGUCAAAAAACCAUUUCAAACAGUCUUAGUCGCCAAUCGAGGUGAGAUUGCUGUAAGAAUCAUUAAAACUUUGAAGAAGAUGAAUAUCAGAUCCGUUGCUGUUUAUUCUGACCCUGACAAAUAUUCCCAGCAUGUUACCGAUGCAGACUUGUCUGUUCCUUUGCAUGGUCGUACUGCUGCUGAGACUUACUUGGAUAUCGACAAAAUCAUUGCUGCGGCGAAGAAAACUUCUGCCGAAGCCAUCAUCCCAGGUUAUGGUUUCUUAUCCGAGAACGCUGAGUUUUCAGAUAGAUGUACGCAAGAGGGAAUAGUUUUCGUAGGCCCUUCUGGUGAAGCAAUUAGGAAGUUGGGGUUGAAGCACUCUGCUAGAGAAAUUGCAGAAAAAGCCGGAGUACCUCUUGUACCAGGGUCUGGUCUAGUGUCCUCUCCCCAAGAAGCAAAGGAGAUUGCUAGAAAGAUCGAAUAUCCUGUUAUGGUUAAAUCCACUGCAGGUGGUGGUGGUAUUGGUUUACAAAAAGUUGAUUCCGAGUCUGAAAUCGAGCGCGUUUUCGAAACCGUUCAGCACCAGGGUAAGGCAUAUUUUGGGGAUUCUGGUGUGUUUUUAGAGAGAUUUGUCGAAAAUGCAAGACAUGUAGAGAUUCAGAUGAUGGGUGAUGGUUACGGGAAAGCAAUUGCUCUUGGUGAACGUGAUUGUUCUUUGCAACGUCGUAAUCAAAAGAUCAUUGAGGAAACACCCGCUCCUAAUUUGAGCGAGCAAACAAGACUUAGAAUGAGAAAAGCUGCCGAGAAUUUGGGAUCUCUGUUGAAAUAUAAGUGUGCAGGUACAGUGGAGUUCAUUUACGAUGAGAAAAGAGAUGAAUUCUAUUUCUUAGAAGUUAACGCGAGAUUACAAGUCGAGCAUCCUAUCACUGAAAUGGUCACUGGCUUGGAUCUAGUGGAAUGGAUGUUGAGAAUCGCGGCAGAUGAUCCACCAGACUUCGACUCUACUAAAAUUACGGUGACUGGUGCCUCCAUCGAAGCACGUUUAUAUGCCGAGAACCCAGUUAAAGAUUUUAGACCCUCUCCUGGACAGUUGACUGAUGUUGUCUUUCCAGAAUGGGCCAGGGUUGAUACAUGGGUUUCAAAGGGUACCACUGUAUCUGCAGAGUACGACCCUACUUUGGCGAAGAUCAUUGUUCAUGGCAAAGACCGUAAUGAUGCUAUUAGAAAAAUGAACCAAGCUUUGAAUGAAACCGCCGUCUACGGCUGUAUCACAAACAUUGAUUAUUUAAGAUCAAUUGCAUCAUCGGAGAUGUUCAAAACCGCUAAAGUUGCUACUAAAGUUCUCGAUUCGUAUGACUACAAGCCAUGCGCUUUUGAAAUCACAUCUCCUGGCGCGUACACCACAGUGCAAGAUUAUCCAGGUAGAACCGGUUAUUGGAGAAUCGGUGUUCCACCUUCUGGACCUAUGGAUGCUUAUUCCUUCAGACUAGCUAAUAGAAUUGUUGGUAAUCAUUACAAGGCGCCAGCCAUCGAAAUAACACUUAAUGGACCAAAGGUUCUUUUCCACACAGAUACCGUAAUCGCUAUUACUGGUGGACAAGCACCUUGUACUCUUAACGGCCAAGCUAUUGAGCAGAACAGUCCUGUUAAUGUUAAAAGAGGUGAUCAACUUGCUAUCGGUAAGUUAAGCACUGGCUGUAGAGCUUAUCUCGCCAUCAGAUGUGGUAUUGAUGUUCCAGAGUACCUAGGUUCUAGGUCGACUUUUGCUUUGGGUAACAUGGGUGGUUACAACGGUAGAGUGUUGAAGUUGGGUGAUGUUUUGUUCUUGAAUCAGCCAGAACUUGCUGCUUCUAACCUCCCAGCACCUGUUUAUGAGCCAGAGAAUCCUCCUGCUACUUUAUUACCAGCUAUUUCAGAUAACAAAGAAUGGACGAUUGGUGUCACCUGCGGUCCACAUGGUUCUCCCGAUUUUUUCAAGCCUGAGUCAAUCGAGGAAUUUUUCAGUGAAAAAUGGAAAGUUCACUACAACUCAAAUAGGUUUGGUGUGAGGUUGAUCGGACCCAAGCCAAAAUGGGCAAGAAAAGAUGGUGGUGAAGCAGGAUUGCAUCCAUCUAAUGCCCACGAUUACGUGUAUUCUCUGGGAGCUAUUAAUUUCACUGGUGAUGAGCCAGUUAUUAUCACGUCUGAUGGGCCAUCCUUGGGUGGUUUUGUUUGCCAAGCAGUCGUUCCGGAAGCUGAAUUAUGGAAGGUUGGACAAGUUAAACCUGGUGAUUUUAUAAAGUUUGCCCCUCUUUCAUAUGAUGUUGCUAGGGAAUUGAAAGAAUCACAAGAUCGCGCUAUUCACUCCUUCAAGGACGGUGAAUUGAAAUCAUUGACUCCUGAAUUAGCUCUACCGACUUAUGAAGAUCCCGUUUUAGCGCUUUUGCCCAAGACUACAGACUUGUCACCUAAAGUGACAUAUCGUCAAGCCGGUGAUCGUUACAUCUUAGUAGAGUAUGGAGAAAACGAAAUGGACCUAAACAUUGCCUACAGGCUAAACAGAUUGAUUACAUUGGUGGAGAAGCACCAAACAGUAGGUAUUGUUGAAAUGUCACAAGGUGUUAGGUCCGUUUUGAUCGAGUUUGAUGGUUAUAAGAUUAGUCAGAAGACACUUCUGGAGACACUAGUUGCUUAUGAGAAGGAAAUUCACUUCGAUAAGAACUGGUCAAUAAAGUCGAAGAUUUUCAAAUUACCGCUUGCAUUCGAAGACUCGCAGACGCUAGACUGUGUCACACGUUAUCAAGAAACAAUUCGUUCGAAAGCUCCUUGGCUACCUAAUAAUGUUGAUUUCAUUGCGGAUGUUAAUGAUAUUACCCACAAGGAUGUGGAAGAUAUGCUCUACAGUGCAAGAUUCCUUGUUUUGGGUCUAGGUGAUGUGUUUUUGGGCGCACCAUGUGCAGUUCCUUUAGAUCCACGUCAUAGAUUUUUGGGUACAAAAUACAAUCCCUCCAGAACAUUCACCAAGAAUGGUGUUGUAGGUAUUGGUGGGAUGUACAUGUGUAUCUACGCCAUGGAUUCCCCAGGUGGUUAUCAGUUAGUGGGAAGAACAAUCCCUAUCUGGGAUAAAUUAAAGCUUGGUGCUCAUUCCACACAGCAUCCUUGGUUAUUGACACCAUUUGACCAGGUUGAAUUCUACCCUGUCAGCGAAGAAGAGCUAGAUCAGUUCACUGAAGACUGUGAAAAUGGUAAGUUUGAUGUCCAGGUGGAAGAGAGUGUCUUCGACCACAAGAGAUAUUUGAAAUGGAUUGAUCAAAACAUUGAAUCUAUUAGAGCUUUCCAAGAAAAUCAAGGAGGUGAAAAAGCUGACGAAUUUGCGAAAUUGAUUCAAGUUGCUAACGCUGAGUUGGAAACAUCUUCCACAAGUAACGAAGCUACUCAGGAAGAGUACCCUGAGGAUGCAGAACUAGUGUAUUCUGAAUACUCCGGUCGUUUCUGGAAGCCAAUGGUCUCUGCUGGUGACAAUGUUGCAGAAGGAGAUGGUCUGAUCAUCGUGGAAGCUAUGAAGACAGAGAUGGUUGUGUCUGCGCCAAAAGCAGGUAAAGUUUUGAAGAUUGUUCAUAAAAACGGAGAUAUGGUUGAGGCUGGUGACCUAGUUGCGGUCAUUCAGUAA